AUGGCCAUCAAAUGGAUGUGUAUUGCCUAUUGCCUUAUUCUCCAUUUGAUGGUUGAUAUUCACAGUACAGGGAGGUUUUGGGGCAGGGGUCUUGGAGGAAGGCGAAUACCUUUUCCCAGCGUUGGAACAUUUGAAGCCGAAGUCCCGAACACCUUAAGACUCGCUGCCUUUGCUGUCUCUCCCAUUGACCUUCUCACCUCAAAGGAUGUUGUUCUGCAGAAGAGCUUCAAGAAUAUUGAAGAGGCUCUCUCUUCUUUUAAUCGCUUGCUUCAUAGGCAUCCCCCACCCUCUAUAAUCCAAAUCAACAAGAUCUUAGGAUGUGUCUCAAAGUUGAGACAUCAUCGAACUGUUAUCUCCCUUUUCGGACAAGCACAAACUAAGGGAUUCGUGCCAGAUUUGGCUACAUUGAACAUCUUGAUCAAUUGUUACUACCAUGCGGGUCAAACGACUGCUGCUUUCUCUGCCUUAGGUAAGAUUCUUAAGAUGGGCUUUCAGCCAGAUAAGAUUACUUUGACUACUCUUAUGAAGUGCUUUUGCAUCAAUAAUGACAUUGGGAAGGCUUUGGAUUUUCAUGAUGAUCUGAUAGCAAGAGGGGUUCAGUUGGAUGCAUUUAGUUACGGCACGCUGAUCAAUGUACUGUGUAAGAGUGGAAAAACAGGAGCUGCAAUUAAAUUGGUCCAAAAGAUGGCGGAUGGGCUAGUUAAGCCUAAUUUAAUCAUAUAUAAUACAAUUAUUGAUGGCUUUUGCAAAGAAAGACUCAUUAGUGAAGCCUAUGAUUUAUAUCAUGAAAUGAUUGAUCAAGGAAUAUUUCCUGAUGUUGUGACCUACAGCUCCCUAAUACAUGGUUUUUGUGUCAUGAAUAAAUGGUCGGAAGCUGCAAAAUUAUUUAGUAAAAUGAAACUUGAAGGCAUAAAUCCUAAUGUUCGUACUUUUAGUAUAAUGAUCGAUGCAUUUUGUAAGGAAGGAAAUGUCAUCAAAGCUGAAGCUAUUGUUGGUUUGAUGAUGAAGAGUGGUGUGAAGCCUAAUGAAGUUACGUAUAGUGCUUUAAUGGGUGGUUAUUGCUUAAUCAAUAAUAUUGGGGAGUCAAUGAAAUUAUUCAAUAAAAUGGUCAAGAGUGGUUUAACUCCUGAUGUUUUUAAUUACAGUAUUUUGAUUAAUGGACUAUGCAAAAUCAAGAUGAUUGAUGAGGCCAUGGAUCUUUUUCUAGAAAUGAAGGGCAAAAAUUUGAAUCCUGAUAUUGUUACUUAUAGCUCUCUUGUUGAUGGUUUGUGCAAAUCUGGUAAAAUGUCAUGUGUGCAGGAUAUUAUUCAAGAGAUGCAUUAUAGAGUUCGGGCCCCUAAUAUAAUAUUUUAUAGCAUCUUAUUAGAUGGAUUGUGCAAAAGUCACCAUCUUGACCAAGCAAUCAGAUUAUUUCAGCAAAUUGUUGAUCAAGGAAUUCAGCCUGAUAGUUACACCUAUACUAUACUGAUUGAUGCUUUGUGCAAGGGUAACAGAUUAGAUGAUGCACGACGGAUUUUUCAGCAUUCUUUGAUGAAUGGCCAUCAUCUGAAUGUCCAAGCAUAUAAUGCCAUGAUUGAAUGA